UCUCUCUCUCUCUCUCUCUCUCUCUCUCUCUCUCUCUCUCUCCCCUGAAUAUUUUUUUUUUCUAAGAUCCUACCCCAGCCCCUGCGGGGUUCCCAAGCACUAUCUGGCCUCUCCUGCCUCCAUCUCCCUGCCCCGGAGGUCCUCCCAGCCUGAGUUUUAUUUUUCGAGCUUGCCCGGGCCAAGCGUAGCCUGGGUUGGUGGCCCUGCGGGGCUCUCACCCCGCGCUCGGCCACCGCCGCCCCAGCCACUCCCCGGGCGUCCUCCGGAGAUGCUGCCGUGGAAGAAGCACAAGUUCGAGCUGCUGGCCGAGGCGCCGCCGCGGCAGGCGUCCAAGCCUAAGGGCUACGCUGUGAGCCUGCACUACUCCGCGCUCAGCUCCUUGGCGAGAGCCUGCCCGGAAGGCGCGCUCAGCCGGGUGGGCAGCAUGUUCCGCUCCAAGCGCAAGAAGCUGCACAUCACCAGCGAGGACCCCACUUACACUGUGCUCUACCUGGGGAAUGCCACCACCAUCCAGGCGCGCGGGGACGGUUGCACUGACCUAGCGGUGGGCAAGAUCUGGAGCAAGAGUGAGGCCGGCCGUCAAGGGACUAAGAUGAAGCUGACCGUGAGUGCACAAGGCAUCCGCAUGGUGCAUGCCGAGGAGCGAGCGCUGCGACGUCCCGGCCACCUCUACCUGCUGCACCGCGUCACCUACUGUGUGGCAGACGCGCGGCUGCCCAAAGUCUUCGCCUGGGUGUACCGGCAUGAGCUGAAGCACAAGGCGGUAAUGCUACGCUGCCACGCGGUGCUGGUGUCCAAGCCGGAGAAGGCUCAGGCCAUGGCCCUGCUGCUCUACCAGACAUCAGCCAACGCUCUGGCAGAGUUUAAACGUCUCAAGCGGCGGGAUGAUGCGCGUCACCAGCAGCAGGAGUUGGUGGGUGCACACACCAUCCCACUGGUGCCGCUGCGCAAGCUGCUCUUGCACGGACCUUGCUGCUACAAGCCGCCAGUGGAGCGCAGCCGCAGCGCUCCCAAGCUGGGCUCCAUCACCGAGGACCUGCUUGGGGAACAGCAGGAGGAAGAAGAGGAGCAUCUGGAGGACUGCCUGGAGGAGGAGGAAGAAGAGGACGGCGUGGGGGAUGGGGAUCCAGCAGAGGAAGAGGCUGAGGAGCAGAGGGCGCUGGUGGUGGCCAUGCAGUUGGAAUGUGAGGACUUGCUGGACCCGCUGGAAAAUGGCCACGAGGAGGCGUUGGGGGACGGCGGGGUCUCGCUGGGCCCCAGCUCGGGGACAUCACUUCCUCUGUCAGUCUGUGCCUCAGACAUGAAGGCCCAACUGUCACAGCUUAUUAGUGACCUGGGCGACCUUAGCUUUGGCAAUGACGUGAGCACCCUGGAGACCGAUUUAAGGGUGACACGCCUGCUGUCGGGCGAGAGCACAGGCAGCGAGAGCUCCAUCGAGGGUGGAGGCCUGGAUGCCACCCCUGUCAGCCCUGGCAACCCAUCGGGCCCUGCUGACAGCACCAGCCUAGAUGAGCCCUACUCGGGCUAAGCUGCCAGAAGACUUCUCCGUGUGCGCCCCCCCCCCGCCCCAACAUACACAUAGUGGCUCCCCAACAGUAGUUCUAUUCUCCCCUAACCUCCAGGAAAGGGAAAAUGAUGCACUCGAAGCCCAGACCCGACUUUGGAGUUUUCUGGGGAAGCUAUUUCCUCCUGCUAGUUGCCCCAGCGCUUUUGCUCUGAGGUGGCUCAGGUUGUGAACAGGGGGGUGGGGGGCAGGGAGGGCGAGAAGCACUACAAAGGAGAGAUAGGCUCUCUGGGGUGGGUGAGGGAGAGCUGGCUGAAGUUGGAAAAGGCCAAGGGCGGGCUGGAGGUGCCCAGCAGCCGGUUUCCUGUUUGUGAGGCAGCUGGGGCUUGGGAAGGAGGGGUCAACUUCCUCCCCAGACCCCCUGACUGGAAGGCCUCUUUCUGUCAUCAAUAUCUCAUUAACAAAGUCACUUUCAUAACGUUGGAGGCUUUAAAGCCGCUUUACCUGCCCCCAGUUCUUUCGGAUAGGGGAGCUUGGGCUGUUUACCUCAGACUCAAACUCUUGAAAGUAUGCCAAAUUUCUCAAAUAACUCUUGGGGUGGGGGGCAGUGUAUGAAAGUCGUGUUUUGUUUACAGUUAAAGAAACCUAAUAUCUAAAAAACAAAAAAGGAAUUUUCCUUUAGAAAUACACACCUUCCUCUGGCCCCAAAGCUCCUACUCCAUGAUGCUAUGUAAAAUAUUUUUGCACUGUUGUGAAGUAUUUUUGACUUUUUUUUUUUGUACAUAACUGUGUUCUCGGAGCUGAAUGUUUAUAUCUCUUUUGCUGUGCAAAAGAUACCUGUAAAAUGUUGUUCGGUUGUACAUAUGGAGAUGUGUAUAAAACAUUUUGUUAUUUUUUGAGCA